AGUUCUUCGAACGAGGUAAACAAACCGGUUCAUUGUUCAUCAGCGGUGGAAUUUACCGGUCGGGCAACGACCAAACUGCGGCAUUUCGAUGAACGAUAAUACGCUUAAAUCAAUCCCAAAGAAUCUUGUCCCGGAAAAUUAUCUCACCCUAGCGAACGAUGCACGUGUGGAGCGUGAUAAGCAAAUCAAACUACUGCUCGAACAGCGUAAAUUACCGGCCUCGGGAUGGUGCGAACCGAUGAUCGAACACUGCAUCAGCGAGCUGGCAUUGCUGGACAGUAACAAUUUCCCCACACGAUGCGGCAUGGGCGAACGGGAAGGACGGAUCGUUUGUGAUCUGGUACGACGGAGACAUUACAACUUUUCUCACGGUAUUGGACGUUCCGGAAAUCUGACCGAUGCACAACCCAAAGCAGUCGGGUCGACGAUAAUGGCAAAUUUAACCAACAGCUUGGUGCGGGACUGGAUCCGUACGAUUGGCAUUCUGUCCUGUGGCCACGCGAUCGUUGUCCCGCUAGCUACAGGCAUGACUGUGAUGCUCACUUUACGCGCCAUUCACGCCAGCAGGCCUGCGGCACGCUACGUGCUCUGGUCGCGAGUAGAUCAACAAUCUUGCUUCAAAAGUAUCGUAGCCGCUGGACUUACACCCAUCGCGAUCGACAGUUUGCUAGCAUCGGAGAUUAACGAAAAUGGGGAACAACCGCAAGCCGCGAAUCCUACGUUUGCUACCGAUCUGGCAGCAUUUGCUAAGCACAUUAACCAGCUCGGUGCUGACGCGAUCUGUUGCGUGCUAUCAACUACGAGCUGCUUUGCGCCACGCAGCAGCGACGAUGUGAUCGAGCUGGGCAAGCUGUGCAAAGCGCACAGCAUACCGCACGUGGUGAACAAUGCGUACGGUUUGCAGAGUUCGUACUACUGCCAUCAGCUAAAUCAAGCGGCUCGAACGGGCAGAGUCGAUGCUUUCAUACAGAGCACGGAUAAGAAUCUGCUCGUUCCGGUCGGUGGUGCUAUAGUGGCAGGAUCCAGUGCCGAUACGGUCGAUGCCGUGGCGCGACUUUAUCCUGGCCGUGCCUCCGGUACGCAGCAUUUGGAUGUACUCAUGACGCUGCUUUCCCUGGGACGGAAUGGCUACAGCGAUCUACUAAAGGAACGAAAAGAAGCGUACGCUGUGCUGUUGGAAGGAUUGACUAAUCUUGCCAAAGCGCACAACGAACGUAUCCUGCCCUGCCGCAAUCCCAUCUCCAUCGCCAUGUCGCUGGUGACGUUUGAAACGACCACAUGCCGGCUGGAAAUGAUCGGUUCCAUGCUACAGAAACGUGGCGUGUCCGGGUGUCGGGUGGUAAGCACGACCGAUAGCAAAACCAUCGACGGUAGCGCUUUCCAGGCAUGGGGCUCGCAUAGCUCGAAGGCCAGCGUACCAUACCUCACGGCGAGUGCGUCCCUGGGCAUUAAGUCGCAUGAAGUGGCGAACUUUCUUGCAAAGUUGGAUGAAGUUCUGCGUAAGUAUCGCACCAAGUAUAUGGGUGAUGGAAAAUAAUGUUAUUAUUUGUUAUUUCCUUACAAACAAAAAUGAGAAUUGUUUGAGUUUAUUUAUUAAAGGGAACAUUGAAUGGUA